GUUAUCGACUUCCGGGAACGGAGCGUAAAGUCUGUAUACGUCAAAUCAUGUCAUGAGCUGCAGAAAGUAUGCUUUACGAUGCGUAUGAUCGAAAAUGAUCGAUGCUGAUGAGCCGUUUAACAUAGUAACCAAAGUACAGUUGAGUGGAAUUUUGUUAAAAAAAUCUUUUUCUCCCCAUUCCAACAAAUGGAACAAAAGGUUUUUUAUGGUGAAAGAAGGAUUCCUGCUCUAUUACUCAGAAAAUGAAAAGAAAUCCUUUGACAAAAGAGGCUACUUCAACAUUCAUCCAAAGGGUGUAUUACCAAUUGGAGGAUGUAUAAUUCAACCAUCAUCUGACGUCGGCCAGGAGUAUAUCAUCAAAAUUGGUAGUGACAGCUUCAUAAAUGGCCCAGUAAUAUUGGCAGCAGAAACUCAGUUUGACCAAGAACGAUGGAUUCAAGGUUUGCAAGAGGCAGCUCGUAUAACAUGGGAGAAUUCACGAAUGGGAGAAUCCAUCAUUCGGGACUUAGAAUCUCAGGGCCUAAAACUGAACAAAGAAAAACAGUCUUAUGUGGAGAAGUUACAUGAGGAGACAAUUGCAUUACAGGAUGAAAUAGAUAGAAAUGAGGAAUUAGAGAAAUUGAAUCUAAUCCUUGAUGAAGAAAAAUGCCGACUUCAGGAAACCAUUGCAGAAUUUAAAAAGGAGCACGAAGCUAUGAAGAGAGAAUAUGAAGAAACCAUAUCAGCAUUGCGAUUAGUACAGCAGGACAAAGAAGCUUUGGAACAAACCACAAGCGAUUUGAUGAAAAAUCUUGCUGAUUUAGAAGAAGAAAAACUGAGAAUCCAUGAGCAUCUGAACAGGAAAGACACAAAUUGUUAUGGAGAAGAGAAAGCAACGGAAAAGUUACAUGAAGAUUUACAAGAUAUUGAGGAAGAGACAAGAUGCCUGUUGGAGGAAAAGACUGAAAUUGAAAUAAGGUAUCAAGAAAAUGAAUUACGAGCAAAGUUAUUGGAGGAAGAAAAACAGCUAAUUUCAGAAGAAUCGUCAAAACUUCUAUCCUCACUGAAUGUAUGUUUCCAGCUGGACACUAUGUAUGUUAUUCAGGAUCUUAUAGAACGGGAUCUGCUAACACAAAAGGAUCUCCCAGAGUCAGAUUUGUUGUUAGAAAUGUCUGCUCGUAUAGAUGCUGAAAAACAGUUAAAACUUGCUCAAGAUUCUGUUUACAAGCUUGAAGGAGCUCUUGAGACAGAAAUUAACCCUUUAGAGUUGCGCACAAAAAUUUUGCCUGAUGUGAAAAAGUUGCGACAAUUUUUUGAACAUGUUGCUGAGGAAGCAAAGAUAGAUGCAAACAUGCCAGUCAUAAUGAAGAACGCUGUUUAUGCUCGUAAGAAAUUAGCUAAGAAAGCAAGAUCACAGGUGAUAGAGCAGUCACGCCAGGAAAAAGCGAAAACUUUAGGGCUCAACUUUGAAGACUCUCCAUCUGCUGAUCAACCCCUCAGAAGAUCACUGUCAAUAAUGAUUUCUAAAAAUAGUUUAAAGCCACAGCUCACAAGAUCAAAAUCACUAAGAAUGAAUAAUGGCUAUUUCAGAAAUUCAACCAGCUCAGAUGGACAAGAAGAAGAUUCUUUAUCAAGGCCCAAAGCAGAUGGUAGCACUUAGACAUGAUAAAAGUGAUGAACUGUGUUGCAUUUUAUUUUCUCUUUUGUUGCUACUUUACCAGUAGAGAGAGAGAGAGAGAGAGAGCAAUUGUGUAAAUAUAGCUACAAAGAUUUAUGAUGAAGAUCUGUUAUUUUUAUUUUUGUGGAUUCUGGAACUUUUUAUUUUAGUUUGUUAUUCCAUGUCUUUGGUUGGUACUUAGUAGAUAUUAGGAAGAAUGUGAGGCAUGUUCAGACUAUAAAAAUAACAAAUUGCAGCUGGUGAAAUUGCAGUCCUAUAGUGAUUUGCUAACUUAAUGCCAUUUUUGACAUCUCAGUGUUGGGUAUCUUAUAAUGGUUCUAUUCUAAACUGUUAAGUAUACGAACGUAGUUUACCACAAGUUGAGGACACUGUUUCAUUCAUGCUUACCUUCUUGUUAUCUUUAUUACUGUCAGGCAAGUUCAAGCAUUUAGUGAAGGUAUGAAAUAUUAGUGAAUGGUUUCUCAUACCUUUACUCGCAACCAUCACCAACAUAUUGAUGCACACUUUCUGUGUGGGUUCGACUGGAAGUAACUUCAUUGUUUCCUUUCUGUCCUAGAUCAAGCCACUCCACGUCUAGGAUUUAUAUUGGAUGCCCAUGUCUUUUAUAUUCUUUGGCAUUCAGCCCUUACCCAGUAUUUUCUUUUGUCUCUUCUUUUGUAGUUUCCAUAGUACAUUUCAUCAAAAAUAUUAAUGAUCCACAGUACAAAGGUUAAUACAUUCUACGUGCUUCUCUAUAACUAUGUGAGCAUUUUGCCUGAACACAAGUGCUCCACUAGAAGUAUUACCCUUUCACAUCAUAUUUAAAAGGUAAUUCUGCUGAUACAUUCCAUUAUGGCUGUGUUGUAGACUUUUCUUUGUGAGAAUUUAUUUAUCAGUUUUAUGAAAUAUUUUGUAAAGAUGUAUGUGCAUAGGCUUACAUGACCAAAGUCAGUUUUGAUAAAAUUCUUCUAUGUUGUUUAUUAUGUCAUUUUGUAAAGUAAAUCUACAUUUUGACAACUAUUGCAAGUGGCCUUUAAGUUGUCCUUACAUACUCCAAUGAAGGCCUCUUGCAGUUGUGAUUGAAAAAUUAAUUUUCCUUCCACUGUGAUAUGAUCUACAACCUGAAAGAAUAUGAUGCAAACUAUGUAUCUCAAGUUGAAAAGUGGAAACAUCAUAUAAAUGUAAGCCUGUUUCUGACAACAAUAAUUAAUUGUUCCUCAUAAAAUAACUUUCAUCUGUACCAUUAUAUUGCAGCCAUGUUUCAUGGGUCUUUUGUUGCCAUCAAAUUAUUGUAAAACAUUCUUUUCCAUGUGAAUCUGUAUGUAAAUGUGCUAACUCAUUUAUUUCAUGACAAAAAUGUUUUAAACAAUGCUAAAACAAUAUUUUUAAGAAAUUAAGAAUUUGGGAGAUUAUAUACUUUGCGUUUCCAUAAAAAGAUAAAUGUAAAGAGUUUUAGAAUACUCCAGUAUUGAUCAUCUGAAAUUAUAAUAUUAAAAAGACAAUUUAUAUAAAACAGCCUGUGAUAUAAGUGUGUGUCUUUAGAUCCAUAAUUGAAUUAUGAAAUGUUUAAUCUUUGUGAAUGAUGUAGAGCAGCUAUUUUUGUAGUUGUUAAUAUUUUUUAUGUUUAAAUAUGUUACAUGUGCUUUAAAUGGUUCUCAGAGGAUAUAUGGUGAAUGAAGCUAUCAUCCUUUGGGCAUCUAAAGUUUUGAAUAUUUAUGUGAAUGCAGGAUUAUGAAAAGAAUCAAAUUGUAUCUGAGAGGUAUGUAACAAUUUAAUGCCACAGGAAAUAUAUUGAAAUUUAUAGAAAUGACAUGAUGGAUAAUAAUAUUGUAAAGUACUGAUAUUUCCAACAAGACUGAAAAAAAAUUAUUUGUUUCUACAUUCCAGUCAAAAAUAUCAGGAAAAAAUUAACCCUCUAAGUUGUAGUAUUCAUGACUUGUGCAUUCAGUUGACUUUACUUUUGUAUGCAGACACAAACUUCUAAAACACUGCAAUAAUAAUCCUAAUGUUGUUAUAUUAACUAGAUACAGAGAAAAAUUGUUACUGUGGUUUCCUGACACUUCACUUCAUUGCUGGAACAAAGUUGUGAGCAGCAUACAGUGUCUGGCAGCCAUGUGAGCUAUUUGUGGUGGAGUGAUUUUGUUGCAGUAGUUUAUGAGCUUAUAAUUAACACAGUCUUUAUAAAUAAAAAAUAAAAUGUUACAAGGACCUACAUAUGUUACUUUGAGAGCUAGUUGAAAAGAGAGGAAAUUAAGAAAAAACUGUUGCGAGGUGACAGAGGAAAGGAUAAAUUGCUCAGGAUAUCUAUCAAGAGGCACAUAAUACACUCAAAGAGGGGAUAAUAUUGAUACAGGUUGCUAGUGAAAGAAAUUUGGAUGUCAAAGAUGGAAGGCAAAAAACAUUUAUGGAUAAAUAAUUGUGAUGAAAUUUUUAUUAUAUUGUUAUAAUGUGUUAGUCUGUACUUUACUUUCCAUUGUGAUGAAAAUAUAUAAUACAGUAUGUGAACUGAAGAUAAAUAUGUGUUGAGUAUGAUGAAAGAAUACAUGAAUGGAGAUAAAAUGUUUACACCUAACAUUCGAUUGUUACUUUUGUGCUAAAGCUAAUGUUUUGGAGCCUUUCUCAUAGUGCUGUGAUUCAAAACUACCGGUACGCUAGAAGAACAUAGCUGCCAUGCCCUAUCAUGAUUUAGUUUCUUAUUUGAACAUUCCUAUUUAGUACUAUUUUUCUGUUAUCUUCUCCAUGUAGUCAAAUGAAAACCUACAUUUACUACCUCUACAUCCUUAUUAUGGUUCCUAUCACCCACAUGUUGCGUUUCUCAUCACGCUUCUGUGUUUUUUUUACUCUUCCCACUUUUCUUUGAAGAGGAGGUUAUAUCUUUAUACUAAUGGAGUGUUGCAUGGAGAAUUUGAAAUUUUCAGCUGUUUCCCACUCUGGUGGUGUUGAUUAGGGAAAUGGGAUCUAAGAUUUGCUAUUUUCUACUUAGCAAUAUUGUAAUUUAUCUCUAGACCCAUGUGAUAAGACAUGGAAUUGUUUUAACAUUCAUUUUGAUACAAUGAAUACAAAACAAAACAUAAAAACUGAGAUCAGAUCAACAAAUUUGGCACCACGGAGAUAAGUGCCCUUGUUUUUGGUUUUAGCUGUUUACUGUUUACGUAAGUUAACAAUUAGGCAGUACUUUUCAAAUUUUGUCACUGAUAUUUUGCCUCUGAUAAUUGUAAAACUCUAAGGAUCUUUCAAUGUUGGAGUAAUCACAGAAGACAGCAUUGGUUGCUCCAUUUUAUCUUUGAUUCACAUACAAAAUAAGAAAAAAUGACUGACUGCCCUAUACUGGUCUGUGUAUGAGUGGUGUGAUAGGAUGUGUUUCUCUUGAAAAUAAAAUCUGAGCUUUUCAUCUUUUUUAUAUAGAGAAAUAAAUCAAUUACACUGAUAGGCUUUGUACUGUGCUGUAAUUAACAAAUGACUUCGAACAGUUGUUUGCAAUAACUUUCUUUGUGCCUUCAGUGAUAGAGUUCCAUAUAUAACUAAAGUGCUAAGAAUUGUGAUGUCUUUUAUCAUAUUGUCAAACAGUUGAUCUUUUUCAAAAACUGAUUGACUAUUGCUAUGUGUGAUAUAUUCUGUGAUGUAAGGCUGGUACCUCUCAGCUCUUGAUCUGUUAUUGGUUAUUCAUAGAUUCAGAUUAUCAUGGGGUUCACUGUUACUUGUUACAAGAAGUAUAUAAUAAUGUACACUAUAAGAGCAUGAAACAUUACAAUAAAAUGCAAUGUUAAACUUUUUUGUAACAGUUAUGGAAUAUGGUUUGAAAUAAUUGUGUAUAAUAUAUUAUUAAUAAAUCUCUUACUACAGUAUGAAAAGA